UCUUUUGCGAGACAGGAUUUUUAUCUUUUACACAAGUCAAGAUGAAUCUAUACAUAAGAUUGGAAGUUUGAUAUUAGAGUGGGCUUAUGAAAGAUUGCAAGUUUGUUAUAAGGGUAGGCAUAAUUUGAACAACCUAAAUUUGUGUUGAAGUCUUCUGACCCCUGAUGGAGGGCUUCUGCUUUUAAUCGAAAGCAGACAGGAUUCCGAGUACAUUAAGUAGCGAUUCAGUUCGUGAAAACACAACAAACUGUGGAUUGUUUCAGCAAGCAGGAGGAAGCUAUUAGCCUUUUUUUCAAUUUUAUUAUAUCCGGACACCUAAAAAUCGAGGAUUCCUUCCAGGAUAUCAUUAAUUAAAUGAGGAUAUUGCCUAUCUUUCCUAUCUGAUGGGGACAAGUUGCGGAUCAUAUCAUUCUGAGACUAUGAAGUAUGAACAAGACUAUUUGGUUGCUGAAACGCACGUAUGCUAACCAAAUGAGAUAAACUGAAUGUUAUGCUGAUACUGCACUGAUAUCACACACAUUUGUUUCAUAUAGAUGUAACUGGUGAAAAUGGCUGCGGUCAAGUUCCUGCUUCUCCAAGGACCAGCCAUAAUCUGGCUGUUUCUGAUCCUUCACAUGCAAUCCAUUUCCUCCCUUCAAGCUAAGAGAUCGAAUGGAAAAUGUAUCGCAAGUGAGAGGGAUGUGCUGCUCUCACUGAAAGCCAGCUUAUCAGACCCCAGGGGCCAACUCUCAUCAUGGCAUGGUGAAGGCUGCUGCCAGUGGAAAGGUGUUCAGUGCAGUAACAGAACCAGCCAUGUUGUCAAACUCGAUCUCCAUGGUGAAACCUGUUGUUCUGACUACGCACUGGGAGGUGAGAUGAGCUCCUCUUUAGUAGGAUUACAACAUCUGGAGCAUUUAGACUUGAGCUGCAACAACUUCAGUAGCACAAGCAUCCCAAAGUUUAUUGGCUCCCUUAGAAGUCUAGAAUAUCUUAACCUUUCCUAUGCGGCAUUUGGAGGGAGAAUACCUCCACAACUUGGUAACUUAUCCAAGCUUGUCUACCUUGAUAUCAAUUCAGCUUGCUGGGGCUAUCACCACUCUCUGUACUCUGACAGCCUUUCGUGGGUGUCACGUCUUUCAUCAUUGAAGUACCUUGGCAUGACUUGGAUGAAUCUUAGCGCUGCAGUAGACUGGAUUCAUGCAGUUAGCAGCCUUCCUUCACUGGAAGUUGUUCAUCUCAGCGGCAGCGAUCUAAGAAACACAAUUGCCAGUCUCAGUCAUUCUAAUCUAACCACGCUUAAGGUGUUGGACAUUGGAUACAACUCUUUCCACACGACGAUGUCUCCUAAUUGGUUUUGGCAUAUAAAGACGUUGACUUGUCUUGACCUCACAUCUUCUGGCUUCCAAGGCCCAAUUCCUUAUGAGAUGGGAAAUAUGACGUCACUUGAGCAACUUUAUAUAGGUUUCAACAAUAUUACAAGUACUCUACCACCAAAUUUGAAGAAUCUAUGUAACUUGAACAUUUUAGAUCUUCCAUCGAAUAAUAUUACUGGGGGUGUAGGUGAUCUGAUAGAGAGGUUGCCUAAAUGUUCAUGGGAGAAGCUGUACUGGUUGGAUUUUUCUCGUAACAAAAUUGGUGGGAACCUGCCAAAUUGGUUAGAGCCUCUAAAUAAUCUGAGUUGCUUCAAUUUUUAUGGUAAUGCUAUCACGGGCCCUGUGCCAUUGUGGCUAGGUCGGUUUAACAAUUUAACUAUAUUAAAUCUUGGUUCUAACCGCCUGGUUGGUGAAAUAUAUGAAGACCACCUGGAAGGAUUGGCAAAUUUACAAGUAUUACAAAUGUCUGAUAACUCUCUUUCCAUGGUGGUGAGCUCAACUUGGAUUCCUUCAUUCAAAUUAAAGGUGCUCAGUUUCAAGUCUUGCAAGCUGGGACCUGUGUUCCCAGCAUGGAUUAGAUGGCAAAGGAGAAUCGAUGUUCUUGACAUUUCAAAUGCAACCAUAGCUGGCAAUAUACCCGAUUGGUUAUGGGUCGUUGUUUCAGCAUCUACCUUUUUGGACAUGUCAAAUAAUCUACUAAAUGGCACACUACCAACAAAUCUUGAUGAAAUGAUGCCAGCAGCAAACAUGAUUGACCUUAGUAGUAACAGAUUUACAGGUUCGGUUCCACGUUUUCCAAGUAACAUAGAGUAUCUUGACCUCUCAAGAAACAAUUUAUCAGGGACACUACCAGACUUCGGAGGCCUGAUGAGUUCAGUAGACACAAUUGCUCUUUACAACAAUUCAAUCUCUGGCAGCAUACCAUCUUCAUUGUGCCUGGUGCAAUUCUUGUACAUAUUAGACCUGUCAGGAAACAUGAUAUCAGGAGAGGUUCCCAUUUGCAUCCAAGACUUUGGCCCUUUCAGGUAUAUGGCUGCACUUAAUUUAAAUACCAAUAAUCUUUCAGGAGUUUUUCCGCCAGUUCUUCGGAUGUCACAAGGUUUAGUUUUCCUUGAUCUUGCAUAUAAUCGAUUCUCUGGAAAUUUGCCAAAAUGGUUACCAGAUAAGUUGUCAUCCUUAGCAUUGCUACGAUUGCGGUCAAAUUAUUUUUCUGGCAAUAUUCCUGUUCAGCUUGCAAAGAUUCAAGGACUUCAAUAUAUAGACCUUGCAUCUAACAACCUUUCUGGUCAAAUACCUGAAUCUAUAGUGCACUUGAAUGCAAUGGCCCAAUCUUUCGGAUAUAGUCAUUUGCUUGAUGGACUCGAAGGAUUUGGAAUGGGCGAGACAUACCCUGUGACGGGUGAUUACGAUGAUCCUUAUAGUGCUAUGAUUUUCUUUACAGAGACCAUAUCAGUGCUAACAAAAGGGCAACAGCUAGAAUUUUCUCAACAAAUCAAGUACAUGGUAAAUAUUGAUUUAUCAUGUAACAAUUUGAGUGGAGAAAUUCCUCAAGGGAUUACUGCUUUGGUUGCUUUGAGAAGCUUGAAUCUAUCUUGGAAUCAUUUGAGCAUGAGAAUUCCCAAUAAUAUUGGUGGUCUUAGGGCAUUGGAGUCCCUCGACUUGUCACACAAUGAGCUAUCUGGAGAGAUCCCUUCAAGCAUAUCAGCUCUAACUUCUUUGAGCAGCCUCAACCUCUCUUAUAACAAUCUAAGUGGAAGAGUACCAACAGGAAAUCAACUUCAGACGUUGGCAGCUGAUGACCCAGCAUCAAUGUAUGUUGGAAACAUCGGUCUAUGUGGGCCUCCACUCUUAAAGGUUUGCCCUGGAAAUGGGAAAAAUUAUUCUCUAGUUGAGCAUGAGCAACAUCCGGACAAUGGGGUGAUGAACUCCAUCUACCUGAGCAUGAUUUGUGGCUUAAUCUUUGGUCUCUGGGUGGUCUUCUGCAUUAUGUUGCUGCAUAAGGGACUAAGGUACUCAUAUUUCCUCUUCAUCGAUUACUUGUGCCACAAGGUGUGCGUGCAUAUGAUUGUGACAUGGAACUCCUUGGUGAGAAGGUAAUAGUUCUUAAUGUUUUUUAACUAGUGGUGGCGUGCAUAAAUGAUCUAUGUACUUGUAGUUUUUGUAUGAAGCACCAGCGGAUGAUUCCCUCCAUAUGUAUUACUUAUGUGUACACGACGGCACAAAUGUAUCAAUCAGUGACGAUUCCCUCUAUAUA